AUGAAUAAAACUCUUACUGUAUACUUAUUCCUUUUAGGAAUUAUUACAUACGUUCAUGCGAUUGACAUCAAUGUUAAUGUUGGUGGCCCAAAUGGAGAAAAUAUUUUCUCCCCAAAAAUCGUAUCUGCCUCCGUUGGUGAUAAUAUUGUCUUUACUUGGAUAUCCGGUAAACAUAGCGUUAUCGAAUCCGAUGCAGCAAAAUCAUGCAUAAAAUCAUUAAAACCUAACGCUUUUACUUCUGGUGGUGCAUUCAUGGCACCUAAGACAUGGACUUUAUCUUUAUCAGAUGAUAUUGUUGGAAAAACAUGGUUUUACUGUGGAGUUCCCGGUCAUUGUACUCUUGAUGACAUGCAUGGUACUAUUAUAAUUGACGAUUCCUCUGUUAAAGCUCCUACUACUAAUCCCGGUAAAGUUGCUCCUAAUCCUGGUAAAGUUGCUCCUAAUCCUAAAGUUACCCCUAAUCCUCCUAAUCUUGGUAAAGCUGUUCCUUCUUCUGAUAAUAAUACCAAUAAUACGCCAGUUUUGGUUGGCGCGAUAAUAGGCGCACUGAUUGGUGGUAUCUUAUUAACAAUAGGAAGUUUCUUUUUAUAUAAAAUGUUUAAAAGAAAUAAAACCAAUAAAGAUAUAAUGUUAAUACCAGGAGACCAUAGGAAUAAUGAAGGUAUAAUAUUAAUACCAGGAAACAAUGAGAUGUACGAAAAUAAAAAUAAGUUUCAUAGCGAUAGUAAUACAGAAGUUUACAAUGAUGAACAGGAAGCUAAUCAUGAACAAGAGGCAAAUUAUGGACAAGAAGCUAAUCGUGGACGAGAGGCUAAUCACGGACAGGAAGCAAAUCAUGGACAAGAAGCAAUUUCAAUUCCUGAAAAUAAUGAUGCUGCUAGCUUAAAAAAUUAUAUUACUCAAAUCGUAAGACAAGAAAUGAAGCAAAAUCCAAAAUAA